AUCUGCUGGAUAAUGAAGGAUGGCAUAAAAACGCUGAAACUUAAGCAAUGUGUCGACGCUUUUUAUACUGGAGGAUCAGUACAAUGGUGCCAGAACGGGAAAACAAUUUUUACUGUCUGCGGUAGCAUCGUCAAAGCACUGAACGUUGAAGAUGGACUUCCAUGUUAUGACAUCGGUAAUGCCGAUGAUAAUUCCCAAAUAACUUGUGCGGUGCUGCUGGAAGAACCAAGUUUUUCAAUUACUCUCGCGUACGCGAAUGGCCUGAUAUGUCGGUAUACACUUCACUCAACGGAUUCUGUGAAAAAGUGUAGUACCGAGCUUAACCGUCGCUGGAAAUCUGUUCACAGCGCACCAGUGACUGUAAUGAAGUAUUGUAAUGAUGCCACCUUGCUUGCAACAGGUGCCCCGGACUUUCUAGUGAAGGUUUGGAAUGUUGAUAACCAGAAUUGCAUAGCUUCUUUAAGAGGUCCAAGUGCCGUUAGCGACAUCGUAUUUGUCGACUCUCUCCGUUUGAUUGUCGGAUAUUCUGAUGGCUCGUCAUCUUUUUUUGAUGUUUCGUCAGAAACGAAGCUAAUUUAUACAUGGAAGUUACACACUAGUCAGAUUGUUUCUGUUUUAUUACAAGACGAGAAGGAGGUUUCAUUUCUAAGCAGAGAUCAAACCGUAUCCACAGUCAAUUUGGAAACUUGCAAGAAAGUGAAAGUGAUGCCAGUUUUUGAGCCGAUGGAAUGCGGUGUGCUGGCAGAUCAUGAAUUGUUUACUGUAGGCGAGGAAGGCAUUUUAAAGUGUUGGACUAAAAAUGGAUCAAAGUUGAUCCGGUCUAUAAAAAUAUCUGACUGUCGAAUAGAUGAGAUUUUGUACAAUGAAGUGCAGUCGCAGUUCCUUCUUGUCGCCUCGGAUUUUAAUCUUUAUUUGGUCUCGAAGGAAAAUUUUUCAAUUACCAGACGAUAUGUUGGCUUUAAUGAUGAAAUUUUUGAUACAGCUUUUAUCGGAGAUGAAGAAAACACCCUACUUGUCGCCGCGAACAGCCCAGAUAUAAGGCUGUAUGAUACCAAAACGUGGUCUUGCCAGUUGAUUCGGGGUCACACUGAUAAUGUUCUUUCAAUAUCGAGCGCUGCAUGGGACAGUAGCAUGUUUGUUUCGUCAGCAAAGGACAACUCUUUUAUUUUAUGGAAGCUAGUGACUGAAGGGACACUCUUUGAAGCUAAAAAAUUAGCGGUAGCUACUGGGCAUACAAAUAACGUGACAGCAGCUUGUUUUUCUAGGAUGUCGAAAAGAAAAUUUAUUCUUUCUGUUUCUCAUGACUGCACACUGAAGCUUUGGUCUUUAGCUAAACUAUCAGAAGACGAAUGUGUUAAGCUAAGUGCAUCGUCAACGUUUGUGGCACACGCCAAGGAAAUUACUUGCCUGGACAUUUCCGCUAAUGAUCGCCUUUGCGUGACUGGUUCUAUGGAUAAGACAGCAAAAUUGUGGCAUAUAGAUAGUAAAACUAUGCAGCUUGGUAUAGCGGGAACAUUACCUGGACAUCGUCGAGGAGUCUGGGAUGUUCGCUUUUGCGAUUUUUCUGAAAUUGUUGGUACGUGUAGUGGCGAUCACUCUGUUCGAGUUUUCUCUAUAAGUUCUCGAGAAUGCAUUGCAACUUUGGUUGGACACUCGUUUGCAGUUCUUCAGAUGAUUUUUGUCAGUCACGGAAAGCAAAUAAUUAGUGCUGACAGCGGAGGACUUUUGAAGAUAUGGGACUUAAAUACAAAAGAGUGUAUUAAAACUACAGAAGCGCAUUAUGACAAAAUAUGGGCUUUAGUUGCUUCUGAAGAUGAAAGCAAAUUUGUCACAGGUGGUAGCGAUGGUAGAAUCGGGAUUUGGGAAGAUGUAACAGCGAAGGAGCUCGAAGAAGAAGAAAGAUUACGAGCAAAAAGAGUUAGCGAUGACCAGAAACUUUCUAAUUUAAUGGAGCAAAAGAGAUUUUCGGAAGCAUUUUCCUUCACUUUGACCCUUGAUAAACCGUAUAGUUGUUACAUGGUUAUUUCUAAGCUAAUGGAAACGGAUUCUCUUGAGCUGACGAAAUGUGUUGCUGCACUAUCGCGCGAACAAUUAGUAACGCUUCUAGAUUUUGCUACAAAAUGGAAUACCAAUGGACGGACUGCAAGAGUGAUAUUUUUGUGA